CGGCGCCCUGUGGGGCGCUGGGGUAAAGUUGGUCGACCGGCCCUGGUGAAGGUCGGGCCGCAAGUCCUUCGUCGGAAGGAGUAGACUUGUUGAAGGCUGGGACACUUUUAAGAUGAAUGACAAAAAAUGGGAAACAACUCCACCAUCCCGUAAAUUUCCUGAAUGGAUGAUGUCUGUACAGAAUAAAAGAUGUGUUAUAGAAGAAAGAAAGGCAUAUAUUCAGAAGAGUGCUUUUGAAGAUGACCUCCCCUUCUUAGAAUUCACUGGAUCGAUUGUUUAUAGUUAUGAAGCUAGUGAUUGCUCUUUUCUAUCAGAAAAUAUUAGCAUGAAUCUCUCUGAUGGGGAAGUGGUAGGAUUUGACAUGGAAUGGCCACCCAUAAACAGAAAAGGGAAACUAAGCAGAGUUGCACUGAUUCAAUUAUGUGUGUCUGAGAACAAAUGUUACUUGUUUCACAUUUCUUCUAUGUCAGUUUUUCCCCAGGGAUUGAAACGAUUACUUGAAAACAAAGCAAUUAAAAAGGUAGGGGUAGGAAUUGAAGGAGAUCAGUGGAAACUUCUGAGUGACUUUGAUGUCAAGUUGACGAGUUCCGUGGAGUUGAAAGAUGUUGCCAAUGAAAAGCUGAAAUGUUCAGAGACCUGGAGCCUUAAUGGUCUGGUUAAACACCUCUUAGGUAAACAGCUUCUGAAAGACAAAUCUAUCCGCUGUAGCAACUGGAGUAACUUUCCCCUCUCCGAAGACCAGAAGCUGUACGCAGCCACUGAUGCUUAUGCCGGUCUCAUCAUUUAUAAAGAAUUAGAAAUCCUGGGUGGUACCAUGCAAACAUUUGCUCGAAAUAAAGAGGAGAAAAUCCUACCUAUUGAAAUGAAGAAACAGUUGACUUCAAUCUCUGAAGAAGCGAUGGAUCUGGCUAAUCAUUUUCCUGACACUUGCAGAAAAUUAGAAAAUCCAGAGAGGGUUUCUGUUUUAUUGAAGAAUAUUUCAGAGAGUCUGUGUACACUGAGGAAGAUUCUAUUUGGUCCUACAAAAACCACCACUGAAGUGAGGCCCAGUAGUCCUUUUAACUUAUUGGUGGAGGAUUCAACUGUUGGUACACAACAACAGAAAGAAAUUAGAAAAAAUACAAUUCUUACUGAAGAUGAAGAUGAGAAACAGGACACAUCACUGGAUGAUUUAGUUAAACAUGGUGGACUUGUUAAAGUGAAAGAAGAAGUGUUGGAAGAUGGAUUUAAAGAUGAUAAGUUGAAAGAAAACAUGCAAAGAACAUGCCUAAUGUCAUUAGAUGUUACAGAGCAUGAACUUCAAAUUAUGGAACAGCUGGACGAGAAACAAACUAUGAGUGAUAUUUCCCAGCAGUGCACUGAGCACUCAUCAGUCAACAGUAAUGAACACGAUUCAUCGUAUAUAAUUGAGAGUGAUGAAGAUUUAGAAAUGGAGAUGCUGAAGUCUUUAGAAGAUUUGAACAGUGGCACUGUAGAGUCAGUUCAUUCUCAAUGUUUAAAAAUGGAAAGAAAUUUGAGUUUUCCUACUGAAGAAGUUAAAAAUAAAGAUGAAGAUGAAGAAGGAAAAGAAGAGGAAGGAGAUAAUGAAGAUCAUUUGUUGCCAGAACCCAAUGCAAAGCAAAUUAUUUGCCUCAAGACCUAUUUUGGCCACUGCCGUUUUAAACCGGUUCAGUGGAAAGUUAUUUAUUCUGUAUUGGAAGAAAGAAGAGACAAUGUUGUUGUCAUGGCAACUGGAUAUGGAAAGAGUUUGUGCUUCCAAUAUCCUCCUGUUUAUGUAGGCAAGAUUGGUAUUGUCAUUUCCCCUCUUAUUUCUCUGAUGGAAGACCAAGUGCUCCAGCUUCAAAUGUCCAACAUUUCAGCCUGUUUCCUUGGAUCAGCACAAUCAAAAAAUGUUUUAGAAGAUAUCAAAUUAGGCAAAUACCAGAUCGUAUACAUAACUCCAGAAUUCUGCUCAGGUAAUUUGGACCUACUUCGGCAGCUUGAGGCUAAGAUUGGUAUCACACUUAUUGCUGUGGAUGAGGCUCACUGUAUUUCUGAGUGGGGGCAUGAAUUUAGAAGUUCUUUCAGGUCUCUGGGCUCCCUAAAGGCAGCACUCCCAGUGGUUCCCAUUGUUGCACUUACAGCUACGGCCAGUUCUUCAAUUCAAGAAGACAUUGUACGUUGUUUAAAACUGAAGAACCCACAGAUUACUUGUACUGGUUUUGAUCGACCAAAUUUGUAUUUAGAAGUUGGACGAAAAACAGGGAAUAUCCUUCAAGAUUUAAAGCCAUUUCUUGUAAAAAAGACAAGUUCUGCCUGGGAAUUUGAAGGUCCAACUAUCAUCUAUUGUCCUUCUAGAAAAAUGACAGAGCAAGUUACUGCUGAACUUAGAAAACUGAAGUUAGCCUGUGGAACAUACCAUGCAGGCAUGAAUUUCACAGCAAGAAAGGAUAUUCAUCAUAAGUUCUUGAGAGAUGAAAUUCAGUGUGUCGUAGCUACCAUAGCUUUUGGAAUGGGCAUUAAUAAAGCUGACAUUCGCAGAGUCAUUCAUUAUGGUGCCCCUAAGGAAAUGGAAUCCUAUUACCAGGAAAUUGGUAGAGCGGGCCGUGAUGGACUUCAAAGUUCUUGUCACUUACUCUGGACUCCAGCAGACUUUAACUUAACUAGGCACCACUUGAUUGAGAUACGUAAUGAAAGGUUUCGAUUGUAUAAAUUAAAGAUGAUGGCAAAGAUGGAAAAAUAUCUUCAUUCCAGCCAGUGUAGACGACAAAUCAUCCUGUCUCAUUUUGAGGACAAAAAACUAAGAAAGGCUUCCUUGGGUAUCAUGGGAACUGAAAAAUGCUGUGAUAAUUGCAGGUCCAGAUUGAGUCAUUGCUGUGCUAUUAAUGACUCUGCUGACGCAUCACAGGACUUUGGUCCACACGCAUUCCUGCUACUAUCUGCUGUAAACAUCUUAGCGGAAAAAUUUGGUAUUGGGGUUCCAAUUUUAUUUCUCCGAGGAUCUAGUUCUCAACGUCUUCCAGAUAGAUAUCGCUCUCACAAGCUUUUUGGCACUGGCAAGGAUCAAUCAGAGAGCUGGUGGAAGGCCCUUUUCCGUCAACUUAUAGCAGAAGGAUUCUUGGCAGAAGUUCCUGGGAGUAAUAAAUUUGUAGCGAUUUGCAUCCUUACAAACAAGGGUAGAAAUUGGCUUGAUAAAGCCAAUAGAGGAUCUCCCAAGAGACUUAUCCUUCAAACUAAUGAAGAACUGUGUCCACGGAAGUUUCUUCGGCCAAGUUUGAAAGCUUUGUCUUCAGGCACUGAACAGUAUUCCUCUAGUCAAAUACCAGUUGAAAUAACUGCAGAGAAGGUUGGAAAGCUGUCUAACUUGGAGAAGAUGUAUUCUUACAAAGCACUUGAGAAAAUUCCUUCUGGGAGUAACAUUUCUCAAAAAAGUAUUAUGAUGCAGUCACCGGGAACAUGUGGUCACCUGGCCGAAUCAGCGAUUUCAGCUCAGGAACAGGAGGCUCGGACUGUGUUAUAUGGCAAAUUGGUAGAAGCGAGACAGAAAUAUGCAAAUAAAAUGGAUGUUCCUCCUGCCAUUCUGGCAACAAACAAGAUACUGUUGGAUAUGGCCAACUCGAGACCAACUACUGUUGAAGAGGUAAAGCAGAUCGAUGGUGUUUCUGAAGGAAAAGCUAGUAUGCUGGCCCCACUGUUGGAAGUCAUUAAGCAUUUCUGCCAUGAAAAUAGUGCUCAGACAGACCUCUCUUCAAAUACAAAGCCUCAAGAGGAACAGGAAAGUCUACUCUCACAGUCUGCGGCUGUCACAUAUUCUUUAUUCCAAGAAAAGAAGAUGUCUUUACACAGCAUAGCUGAGAACAGGAUUCUGCCUCUCACGGCCGUCGGCAUGCACUUAGCCCAGGCGGCGAAAGCUGGCUACCCCCUGGAUAUGGAGCGAGCAGGCCUGACUCCAGAGGUUCGGAAGAUUAUUGCUGAUGUUAUCCGAAACCCUCCCAUCAACUCAGAUAUGUACAAUAUAAAGCUAAUUAGAAUGUUGGUUCCUGAAAGCAUUGACAUGUACCUUAUCCACAUGGCACUGGAGAUCCUGGAGAAUGACCAUGUCUGCAGACCGUCUCCAAGCCAGUCCUCAUGCGAUUCCAGGAGGAAGCGGUGCUCCCCCAGCUCCGAAGAGCCCUGCUCAAGUUCCAAGAGGAGCAGGGAGGUUGAUGAAACAAAUCUUGAUGACAUGUCACUGGAAGACAAAGGCCACAGGAAUUCAAUAAGACUAACUUCUUGGAAUCAGCCAUCCAGCAAUCCAGAAAUAGAAGAUUCAUUUUCACAUUCUCAUUCACAGACUUCAUCUGAGACCUCAAAGAGAAGAUUACCUGACUGGUUUAUCAAAGGAAAUGAGACCUUAGCUGUUACCAGCAAAAAAUCAACAACAAAAACGAAAGGUCUUUUUAGUUAAGAUGGCAAUUAUAAGAACAGCUUUGCGUGUCUCAUUGUAGUAUAAGAAGAAAACUCCAUGUCAUUUCUGGAAAGAGUGAAGUGUAAUAAAGUAUUCUGACUUCAAAGCAAAACUCACCUACUUAUUGCAGGACUGGCAUUUUAAAUUAAGCUACAAUUCAGAGCAUUGAGGUCUUCUCACAACCUAAAUACUUAAUAGAACAUUUCAGAAUCCAUACUGUCCUGUGUUCUCAUCUCUGCUUGUAGCAAUUGUAUAUUUGGAACAUGUAAUGUAUGGUAAUUCAUCAUUAUAGAUUACAAAUUAGUAUUAUAUUGAUUUACAUAAAAAUUGUCUUAUUGAUAUAAAGACAGCUAUUUUACAAGUUAUAUUUUCUAUCUUUUGAAGAUGGUUUUACAUGCAUUAUUAUAUAAUAUUAGUUGACCAGACUUGUGAAAUGAAACAUUUGGGUUUCAUUUAAGUGGGGGGAAAGAACAUAUAAAAGAUUUAAAUUGCACCAGACAACUAUGUACUUUCUAUUUUUAUGCCAUUUGUUAUUUUUCAGAUAAUAAAAGUAAUAUACUCCAAACUAAAUAUUAAAAAGCCAAAUAUUUUAAAUUUAUUUAUUUAACUAAUAACUCUAGGUGCCUUUAAUAUUUGAGAUGUCAGAAUUCCAUUCUAGUAUUAUGUUUUACAAAUAACUUAGAUAUCUGCAGCCCAUACUCGGACACAGAGUGGUGUGAACUGUGGUUGUGGUUUAUGUCACUUUUCGACAAUUAUAUACAGGUACCAUAUAGUUCAUAAUUUCAUCCCAAUGCCUCUGAUUAACUUUUAAUAAGUAAAACUUAGUUGUUGAAGAAGAAAUACAUGCUUAUGGUGCAUAUGGUAGAAGAACUAAAAAAAAAUAGGCCCACUAGUAGGCCGUCAGUCCACUCCUUCAAUGUGCCUUGCCAGACCUUCUUAUUGUCAUCUUGUUUUUUAGUUUGUUACAGGAAUAAUGCACAAGUGAAUUUUCAUUAUAUAACAUUCAAACUAGACUUAAACAUGAAAGUCCCUCAUCAUCUCAUUCGUCCACAUCCAAUUACCAGCAGGUAGCUUCCAUUGGGUUUUAUCCUAGCUCUCCACUUGUGUCUUUGGCAUUUCUGUGCCCUUGCACGUGUCUCUCAAGUGGCAGGUGUUGUGCAGCGCGCGUGCCAGGGCAGGCCCAGUGGUCAUCUCCAGGAAGCGCACUCCUCUGAUUGUUGGAGCUAGGAAUUAAAUUGGCUGCCUCUUUUCUUGGAGUACCAUUUGUACUGGUUGGCAGAUAUAACCACAGUGGCUGGCACUAUGGUUGGUUAAUCAGAUUUGGCUUUUGAUCAACAUUUUCUUAAGACCGAAUACAUUCAACUUCUCAUCUGAAGAAAAGUAACAUGCUAUUUGUUGCCAAUGCUAAAGUUUAUAAUGUGAAGCAAAAUUUGUAAUUUGGGGAAACUUGUGUCAUUCACUGGGAACUUGCCAGCCUCAACUUCACUGAAAGACUUUCUAGUGAGUUGGAUUAUAAUAUAUACAUGUGAUUUUCUUUUAUUUUAUUAAGAUUUUGCUUAUAUUUACAGCAUCGGUGUAAUUCAGUAUUUUCUGGAUGAGUAAUACAUGGUGUUACAUAAUUAGACCUAGAUAAAAGAUCUGUUGGAAAUAGAAAAUGGACCAAUGGACUCUAAUACAACAGUUUUAAGAAGUUGAAGGUGCAUUUUCAGGUUACACUCUGCAACCAAUCCCUAAGAGAUAGCACUUGUUCAGUUUUACUAUGCAUUCAAAGAAGAAUGACCACCAUUAUCUGAAGAGGCUGUUCAGAUAGUCUUCCCUUUUCCAUUGGUGCACCCAAAGUCCCAUUCUUCCUGGACUUGAGUCAAAACAACAUGUCAAGGGUAGAUUGAAUGCGGAAGAAGUAAAUCUAGAAUCUAGCUAGUUCAGUUAAGGAGAUUUGCAAAAAUGAAACAAUGCCAUUUCUAUUGCUGUUUUUUAAAUAUGGUCUUUUUGUAAAAUUCGCACUCCUGGUACCAUGUGAUGGGAUUCCUAUUGCUGUUCUUAAACAAAUUAAUAAAUACUUUGAAACAUCUCCGUUUUAAUGUC